AUCUAAAAUUAUGACUUAUCGCUAAGGUUUUUGCUAUAUUACGUUGGUUCAAAUUCAACGGCCACAUAAGAAAUUGGAUUGUUUGGACGAGCCACCUGCGGUCACACUUAAUUGCCGUGCAAUAACAAAGUAAUUUUGUAAGCCCCGAUUGCAUUUGCUAAAAGUGUAAAUUUCGCAAUGCAGCACACGAUUAGACGCUGUCUGGGCAUGGCACGGUCCUCCCUGACGCGUCUGCAGCCCAGAGCAGCAAUAGUCACGUCCACGACCCAGGGCUCGGGCACCAUAACGAAUCACACACAGCCGGCCAGGCGGUCCUACGCCUCGCUGCCGCAGGAGCAAGACAAAAAGGAGCAGGAAGCCAGGGAAAGCCCCAAACGACUGCCCCGCCUCAUGGAUUUUCCCGAGAUCGUGUGGCCCUCCGCGCUGAACACCCUAAAGAACUGGAUCACCAUCCAGUUUAUCAUCCGCCCCUACUUUGACAGCGAGUUCCAGCUCAAGGACUUCAUAUAUGGCGCCAAGCAAGCCCUGCAGGUGGUUUCCUCAAGACUGAUGGGCGGUGACCUGGACUCGCUCGACAAGCUGGUCUCACCCGAGGCGAUCGCGGAGCUGCGGCCUGUCAUCCAAAAACUGUCUAUGACGCAGCGGAGGCAGCUGGAGAUCAAGGAGAGCGACAUCUACCUCAGUUUCCCCUAUCAGGUGGGCAUAAUGUUCGACGAGGCCAAUGACAAGCUGCAGAAGCGCUUCGUCGAGAUCACAAUGGUGUUCCACGUAAUGCGCGGCCUGUCAGAGAUGCGGGAGCGCGGUGAAGAGAUUCCUUGGAACAUGGGGACUUUGCCCGAGUACCAGGACAAGGUGUUCAUAUGCAACUACCGUUUCGUAAAAGAGUUUACCGCCGGGCAGCACUCGGACUGGACCAUCAAUGUGGCCAACCAGUUUCGGCCCAUCGACCUGAUCAACGAGAGCAAAUAACAUCUGUUCAGGGGGUUAAUCCACCGCCACUAUUCACCGCCUUCUACUAGCCGAUAUUAGUCACGCCCUGGAAUAAAAGUUUUGUUUGCCGCAUUUAGGUAUAAAAAACUAA